GAAUGUUUCCUUUGCCUUUCAGAUAAUCUGCUGUGUGAUCUGUGAAUGUCUGGCACCACAAAUACCUUCAUGCAUGCCUGACAGUGCUGCAGGGCAGCAGCUGUGCACACCUGCCCAGGCUGGGGGCUGCCUGCCUGGGGAUGCCUCUGGCAAUGCUGGGCAGUGCAGAGGGGUCAGGCCACCACUCUUGAGCAUCUGGAGGGGAAGAGGCUGCCGGGGUGACAGAUGGGGACAGCAGGGACAAGGGAGCAUCUUUUCCCUCUCUGGCAGGACAGGGGUGAGCUGGGGUCCUGCCAGGGGCAGCAGUUCACAAUCACAGAACGGUCAGGCUGGAAGGGACCACAGUGAGUCACAGGUCCAACCUCCCUGGUGGACGUGGCACAGGAUUGUGUCCAGAUGGUUCAGAAACAUCUCCAGUAAGGGAGACUCCACACCUUCUCUGGACAAUCUGUCCCAGUGCUCGGUCACUGUUCAGGUGGAACUUCCUGGGCAUCAGCUCCUGCCCAUUCCUUUUGUCCUGUUGCUGAGCAUCAACAAAACAGAGCCUGGAUCCAUCCUCUUGGCACACUUCUUUAGAUAUUUAUACACAUUAAUGAGGUCCCCUCUCAGCUGGGUCCUCUCAGGCUGAACAGCCCCAGCUCCCAUAGCCUUUCCUCAUCACAGAGAUGCUCCAGUCCCUUCAUCUUCCAGGCUGAACAGCCCCAGCUCCCACAGCCUUUCCUGGUCACAGAGAUGCUCCAGUCCCUUCAUCUUCGUAACCUCCGCCAGACCCGCUCCAGGAGCUCCACCUUCUCUUGUCCUGAGGAGCCCAGACCUGGACACAGCGCCCCAGAGGAGCCUCACCUGGUGUAAACAGAGAAACAGGACCACCUCCUUGCCCUGCUGGCACUGCUCUCCCUAAAGCAAAGGCUUCCCUCGGCAGGCUCCUCCUCCGCGGCGGGGAGGGGCCGAGGCCGCCGGGUCCCGCCGCGCAGCUCCGGCGGCGGGCGGCGAUCCGCAGCCGCGCCCGGCCCGGCCGCUCGGCUCGGCAGGCUGGCUGGCAGGAGCAGGAGAAGGAAGAAGGAGGCAGCAGCGGCGGCGGGAGCAGCAGCCCAGGGGGGAAAAAGCCGCUCAUAGCGCCUGUUUUCCCGAAAUAGGGAGGAAGGUAUGCUUCAGCCGCUGCAGCGAAGGAUCAGAACCAAGUUUGAAAGCAGUAAACAAAGGCAGAGUGAAGAAUUUGCCACGUCGUGACUGAAGGUAGAAGAAAGAAAAAAGCCUGCAAGGAGAUCAGCCCAGCAGCAGAUAUUCCCCAUUUGUGGAAUCCAAAGGCUUUGGGGGAUCUUUGUUCCAUUUCCAGAAGAGCAGAUAACUCUGUCACACGCAGAUCAUUGUGUCACCUGAAAUCUGGUGCCAGCUCUGGUGUAGAUGGCUCAGCUUCCUCCCGGGAUUCGUUUCAUCACUUCAUUCUCACGAGAUCAGUGGUAUAGAGCUUUCAUUUUCUCUCUCACUUUCCUGCUGUAUGCCAGCUUCCAUCUAUCAAGGAAACCCAUCAGUAUAGUGAAGGGAGAGCUGCAUAAGCAUUGUGCAAGUCAAGGUGAGCUGGACUCCUACAAGGAAUAUGCUGCCCAGAUCCAGCCUUUCAAAAAACCAUUUAAUGGCUCUCAGUGUGGAUGGGAGCCAUUUGAUAAGAGCAACUACAAACAGCUACUGGGAGCACUGGAUUACUCAUUUUUGUGUGCAUAUGCCGUUGGAAUGUAUUUAAGUGGACUCAUCGGAGAGCGCCUGCCCAUCCGGUACUAUCUGACAGGGGGGAUGCUGGCCAGUGGACUCUUCACUGCAAUGUUUGGAUUGGGUUAUUUCUAUAAUGUGCAUAAUCUGUGGUUUUACAUAAUGGCCCAGAUAGCUAAUGGGUUGGUGCAAACCACUGGCUGGCCAAGUGUUGUUACAUGUAUUGGCAACUGGUUUGGAAAAGGAAGGAGAGGUUUGAUCAUGGGAGUCUGGAACUCUCACACUUCUGUAGGGAAUAUCUUGGGCUCCUUGAUUGCUGCCUACUGGGUGUCCACGUGCUGGGGUCUCUCCUUUGUGGUGCCUGGGCUCAUCGUGGCUGCCAUGGGAGUUGUUUGUUUCCUGUUCCUCAUUGAACAUCCUAAAGAUGUCAGUUGCUCCUGCACACCGUCCAGUAGUUCUAAAACCUUCCUGAACGGCGCCUCUCGGUGCAGAAUCCCGAUGCCAACCUUAAAUGCUAAGGAAAAUGGCAAACCUCAGGAUCCAGAGAUGCAGCAUUUACUCACUGACAGUGAGAACUGCAGCGUGUCACUGAGCUCCAGCACUGUGGCCACUGGGGAAGGAAGGCAUGGGACAUCAGCCAUCAGCUUCCUUGGGGCCCUGAGGAUACCUGGAGUCGUGGAGUUCUCCCUUUGUCUCCUGUUUGCAAAGCUGGUGAGCUACACUUUCCUCUUCUGGCUUCCCCUCUACAUCACAAGUGUAGAGCAUCUUGAUGCCAAAAGAGCUGGGGAUCUUUCUACACUGUUUGAUGUGGGUGGGAUCUUUGGUGGGAUUUUGGCAGGUCUCAUUUCAGACAGGCUGGAGAAGAGGGCAUCAACCUGCGGAAUGAUGUUGCUGCUUGCAGCACCCACGCUAUACAUGUUCUCUGCAGUCAGUAAAAUGGGCCUUGAGGCUACUGUGGUGAUGCUGCUUAUCAGUGGUGCCCUGGUGAAUGGCCCCUAUGCCCUGAUCACCACUGCUGUCUCUGCUGACUUGGGUACCCAUAAAAGCCUGAAAGGGAACUCAAGAGCCUUGUCCACAGUGACAGCGAUCAUCGACGGGACAGGAUCUGUGGGUGCAGCUUUGGGACCUCUCCUGGCUGGCCUUAUUUCCCCUUCUGGCUGGAACAAUGUGUUUUACAUGCUCAUGGUGGCAGAUGCAUGUGCCUUGCUACUCUUACUCCGUCUUAUCCAGAAGGAACUUCAGUGCCAUGCAGAUCACACCCUGUUCAAAGAGCACUAAGCUACGAGACCAGAGCUGGGAUAAGGAGUGUGCCAGUGGAUGGAGCUCUUCCCUGAAAACCAAACUCCACGGGAGACCUUCUUGUGUAUUUGAAGAGUGUGUGUGUGGUGAAGAGCCCUGCAGCUUUGCUGGGAGCAGUGUGAGACAUGCAGCUGGUAAAUCCCUGAAGCUCUGAUUUUUGCACAUGAAAAAGUACCUCAGGAUGGCAACUGUUCAUCACAUGAAGAGAUGGGGACUUUGGGAAGGUCUCAGCAGCACACCUCAACUGAGCCAAAGAGAAAUACCAAGUGCCUUUUUUCUUUCUUUUGAUAGGAUGUUUUUAAUUGAAACUAUGAACUGUGUAUUUGCCAAAAAUCAAGGCAAAGCUGGAGCAGAAGGAAGUUGAAAUUUUAACAGUCUGUGAGUGACUGUCCCAGUGUCAGUGAGCAAAGUAUGUGUUUCUUAUGUUAUCUUGGGCACACUAGAGCAUCACUUUAUAGAGGACAAUAUCAGCUGGUUAUUAAGAUAUGUGCUGCUAUUGGUAUUUGAAGCUGCUCAGACAAUAAUAACCCCGCUGUAUUAUUAGUUUUUAGCUACAGUACUUCCCAAGGACAGCAUCCAGCCUUUUGGUAGGUUAUAAAAUAGAAUUUCCUCUUGGCUGUGUACUGCAGUUAGCAGUUUUCAUAGAUCCUCUGGAUGGAUGUUAGUCCUCCAUUAGGAUUAUGCAAAAAACCAGGAGUCCUAAGCAACAAAAAGCAGUUUAUGAGUCACAAUUUCCAGUGAGGGCUCUAAUGAUUUUUCAGGGCAUUAUAAACUAAUUGUACAAACAUCACUGGAUUGUGCUGCUCUGCUAGGCUGGGCUGACAUGAGAGGGAUUUCUUUGGGGUGGCAGAGAGCUGUGAGCUGUGCUGGGCUUCAGCCCCACAGGACUCAGCAGGUGAAGCUGCUUUGGUGCACAGGGGUCUCUCUUGGGUUUCAGUGGAAGUUGUCAUCAAAUCCAGGCCUCAAUAUCCAGAAAUCUCUCUCCAGUGGCUCUGGGUUUUAGAUCUGGAGCCAAAAUACCAGAGAAGAAAAUUUACCUGUGUGGGUGGUAGUUUGUAAGAGAACAUUUGGAGUACCUAGUGCUACCCAGAAAAUAGAUGGUUUCAUGUCUUCAGUACAUAUCAGUUCUUUGUACAGCUGUCUGCUUUGCAAACAGAAUGUUUCUGUGAUUUUUUUUUAAUGUUUUUUGGGUAUGAAAUCUUUCUGUGAAAAGAGAUCUUUUUUUGUAUGGGGUGUUUAUACUUAGAUCACAAAGAUUAGGUAAUUUAAACUGUGUUGUUGUCCUUAACUGUAUUUAUUAAAGCUCUAGGCCUUUGUCUUGCUCUAUGCUCUUUAAGUUUUGUGAGACAGUGCAAGAGUCUCUCCACUCGAUUAGCAAAACACUUCAAAAGCCCUGCAAAAUAUUCAGGGAUGUCCCAUCAGCUGCUGGUAACACUUAAUUUCCAGGGCUGUUUUGUACCUGCUCAGUCUUUGAGUUGCUUCACUGGUUUGUUACAGCACUGGGCUCAUUUUUAGCUGUUUUGCUGAGCAGAGGUGCAGGGAUGACCUCAGACCCACAGGGAAUUAGGGAGGGUGCCAGGUCCUUGCAGGGAGCUCUAGGAGGGUCCUGUCCCUGCACUUACCUGGAUGGAAGGUUGACCUCACACAUUUUGAGUAAACCAGGGGGGAUACUCAACGUGUGAACUCAAAAAUCUGUGCUGUGCUUUGCCCGUGGUUAAAUGGGACAGAAUUGUGCAGCAGUGUUACUUGAAAGGACUUCCAUCCUCCUGGAAUGGGAAACUGCUCCUGGAAUGUCACACAGCUCCUCACUCAACCUGGGGCACUACUGAAACAGCCUCUGAUGGGGCAAAAAUAACAUUGCAACCCCCAAACAGCUGUCCUGGCACAAUUUGAGUACCUGUGUGGGGAGGGAGGGAUGGAUGGAGGACCACUUUAGCUGGGUAUUCCAAUCCCUUUCCCCAAAAAUAGUGUAAAACUUUAUACUAGUUUACUGAAACAGUUCAAACUCUGCUGCACUCAGAUUUUGAGAAGCUGUUCCCUGUGGGCUGAAGUCUGAGGUUUAAAAGCUUUUGGUUGUGUUUCUGAAAAUAUUGAAGUGUGUUUUGGGUUUUACUCAUUGGGGCUGCUGCUGCUGUUAUUUAUUUAUUUAUUUGAAUAGCUUUUGCACUGCAGUGACUCGGGUAUGAGGUAAUGACAGAUUACAUUUCAGUCCCUCCAAGCUACAGAUUUGUUGGAAAAAAGAUAAAGAUUUCAUUUCCUUUUUAAAAAAAAGUCUAAAGAUCCCCCAAAUAGUGAAUAAACUGGUGUGUGUUUUGUUAGUGUCAGGUGUCUGUAUCCAUUAAUCUGGAAAUGGGCAAGAUGACAAAGUUAUGUAUGUAAAAAUGUGAGUGACCAGUAGGUACAGCCAAAUUUAAAUGCGACUGCAGGGUUGGUUUGUUGGGUUUUUUAAUGCUGAUUAUUGUGAAUUUCAUCCAUUCACCAUCCUGUGUUGAAUAAAAACAGAUUCUAUUCUGAACAGAGAA